AUGAUGUUUUCUUUCACUUGGGUGCUAUAUCAGGAGGAAUGCUUACAAAGGCUACAAAGCCGUAUUGAUGUUGUAUAUGAUGGUUCAAUCCCUGAACAUCAGGAAGCUUUGAGGACAUUGUGGAAUGUUGCCUUUCCUGAAGAAGAACUUUGUGAUUUAAUAUCUGAACAGUGGAAGGAAAUGGGUUGGCAGGGAAAGGAUCCAUCCACAGAUUUUAGGGGUGGUGGUUUUAUAUCACUCGAGAAUUUGCUGUAUUUUGCUACGAAUUUUCCGAAAUCCUUCCAAGAUCUUCUGCGAAAGGAGGAAGGUGAUCGGUCCAUCUGGGAAUAUCCAUUUGCUGUUGCUGGUGUUAACAUCACAUUCAUGCUUAUUCAGAUGCUUGAUCUCGAAGCAGAAAAUGAAUCAGCAUUUGACCUUCUAUAUUGCAUCACAUUCAAGCUGAUGGACAAACAAUGGCUUGCCAUGCGCGCAUCUUACAUGGACUUCAAUACGGUGAUGAAAUCUACUCGUCGUCAACUGGAAAGGGAGCUUCUGCAAGAUGAAAUACGGCUUGAAGAUUUGCCAUCAUACAGCCUUCUUAGUCGGUAA